AUCAAAUCCCUUUGCGACCUCGUUUACGCAAUUCCGACUCACCAUGCAGUCUAGUACGCAGACGCAACAAUCCACACAGGCCUGUGCAGUUGUCACACAACCGCGGCUGCUGGCUCGGCCGGACCUUAAAGCCGAGGCCCGCUCUCUCGAUGAGGACUGGUCGGGGCUCGCGUCGGCAGCAGAAAGGCGGAGGAUCCAGAAUCGCAUCAACGCGCGGGCAUACAGAAAGAGGAACAAGGCGUUGAAAGCAACUACAACACCCAACCGUAGGAUUGCGGACGGGAUGGUUACUACGGUCCAUAUUUCCGAAGGAUCCUCGCUGAAAAGGUGGAAAGCCGUGAUGCCCUCGCCGCGCUCUGGGCUUCUCCUCACAAUUGUCUUCAUCAACUUAAAGCGCGCACUACUUUAUAACUUUGCUCUCCUGGGACAUGAUAGCAAACAUAUGUGCUCCGAGCGGAUGGACUGUAGCAGCCCCCUGGGGGAUCUCCCUGCGGACCUCCAACCCACGACGAUACAAAGAACGGUCGCGCACCAGGUCGCGAUAGAUGCGUUUCCUGACGCCAAUCUGCGAGACCGAAUGAUCAUGUCUCAACAUCUGAUUAACGACGGAGAUUUCGAGAACGAUUUGCUUGGUAACUUGUCGGAACGGGGUGGGGGACUCGGCCUCCAGGGCCUCGUUAUAUGGGGAGAGCCGUACUUGACGUCAAGUUGGGAGAUUACCGAGACAUUCUUCCGCAAGUGGCAUUUUUUAGUCUCCGGGAGUCCAAAUCUCAUUGCCAGUACUAAUAAAUGGAGAAGGAUUCGAGGCGAGGAGCCACUUGUAUCAUCUAGCUCAUCCACUUAGCACGGUUCUUAU